AUGGUUGGUUUUGAGCUUACUGUUCUAGGUGGAUUUGGCGGACCGUGGGAUGGAGGAUUGCAGUCGUUUAUGCUUAAACCGACAGGGUCGCAGGAAUAUGGUUAUGUGUGUGUGGACGCGGGUACAGGGUUGAAGGAGUUGAUUAGAUUGGCGGCCACGCGUGGCAUUGGCGGCAAAGGUAUGGUGACGAGUUAUUAUGAGAAUGAUUAUGAACCUGUAGAUCGGUUUCAUGAUUCAAGCUGCAAGAUUUUAUGUGGCAUCGGUACUUUGAGUUCUAAGGCGGCGGACGCAUUUGAAGAUGGCGAUGGUAAGGGCCAACGAAAAGUGUUAACUUCUGUUGAGAAGGGUUUGGAGCUAUACCACGAAAUUGGGGAAGUGUUUAUAACACACUGCCAUUUGGAUCAUAUCAUGGCGAUGGUUGUGAACUCGCCUGUGAUUUACGCACAUAAGAAGUCAGUAUUAGGCUUACCUUUGACGAUUGAGGUACUGAAGGAGCAUGUGUUUAAUGACAAAAUAUGGCCUAAUUUGGUCAGCGGGGAUGAGCCUCCAUUCAAUUUGAUUACCUUUAAGCCCUAUGAAUCUUAUAUCUGCAAUUCGGUGCCACAUUGGAACGUCACCUGUUUCCCAGUAAGCCAUGGGCUUACUGUUGUAGAUCGGAAGCCCUAUUAUAGCACAGCAUACCUGUUCCAGGAUGGCAGGGAUGGGGACUCAUUGCUAGUCUGCGGCGAUAUGGAGUCAGAUAGAAUCUCAAACAUGAGCCAUCUCUCCGAGAUCUGGAACUACUUGGCUACAAAUAUCCCAUUUGAAAGGGUCCGCGGGUUGGUUAUGGAAUGCUCGACAAUGGAUUUGAAGGACGAAUCACAUUUAUAUGGGCAUAUGUCAACUAGACAUGUUAUAUGGGAGUUGAAUCGGUUGAAAAAAGCGUACGGCAAACCAUUAGAUGGGUUGAAUGUCAUUGUGACGCAUAUAAAAAUGGAAUCUUUGGACAAGGAUCCAAGAAUUAUAAUAUUAAAAGAACUAAGAGAAAAGAGUAUAGAAAAGGGGUUGGGCGCUAUUAAAUUUUCGGUUGCUAUCCAAGGUUACACUCACUUCAUAUGA